CCCUCAGGCUGUUCGGGAGAGACUUUGUGCUCAUGCUCACUGCAGGGGUCGGAGGUCAGGGCGAGCGUCUCGCGGGCCAUAGGAGAAAGAUGGCGGUGGAGUCGCGCGUUACCCAGGAGGAAAUUAAGAAGGAGCCGGAAAAGCCGAUAGACCGCGAGAAGACAUGCCCUCUCUUGCUGCGGGUGUUCACCACUAACAACGGUCGCCACCACCGAAUGGAUGAGUUUUCCCGCGGAAACGUACCGUCCCGGACCUGCAACAUCCUUAGGAUGGAUGCAACCUUGAAAGAAUUGACUAGUUUAGUAAAAGAAGUCUACCCAGAAGCGAGAAAGAAGGGCACACACUUCAAUUUUGCAAUUGUUUUUACAGACCUUAAAAGACCUGGCUAUCGAGUUAAGGAGAUUGGCAGCACCAUGUCCGGCAGAAAGGGAACUGAUGAUUCCAUGACCCUGCAGUCACAAAAGUUCCAAAUAGGAGAUUAUUUGGACAUAGCCAUUACCCCUCCAAAUCGGGCACCACCUCCUUCAGGGCGCAUGAGACCGUAUUAAAUUCUAUUUACUAUUUCUUGAAUUUAUUUUUCAGUCAGUUAUGUAAAAUAAAUUUACCCACUCUUCCCCCUCAUUGCCAUUAAGCCUUUAAAUUUUAAACAAAUUGUAAUGCAUCUAUUUAGGAGUUAGGUUUGGAUGUGCUAUGGUAUGAAUAUUAAUAGAAAGUCUGUAUGUUUCAAGCCCUUCUAUAAAAUACAAAGAAAAGUGCUCUUAGCAUCCUGUGUAAAACUAUAUUGUUAAAUAUAUGUGUGCAAUCA